CUGUUGCUACUACAACCUCAUACCUUGUAGUUGAAAUUUAAAUUUGCUCUAGCGUUAAGAAAGACUACCUCAAUGCAGAUAUUGAUAUGGUAAAAACCAAGAAGAAUUUUCACAAUUUAAAAACUGACCACAUCAAAAGCACUUGAAUGAAUCAACCAAAAGUCGCUUCAAAAGUUGAGCGAAAACUGAAGAAUACUAACAAGUUAUUGAUAAACAGCAAUUUUGAUUUCUUUGAACAAAAAUAGUAGAUCCAAUAUUGGAAUCAACCUCAGAUCAAAUGGAAGGAGUAAUCUGCGAUAUGCCUCUAAGCCUAGUUCCAAAGACCGAACUAUCAGAAUAGAGCUCCUUAAACCAAUAUUUAGCACUCAAAAAUAUUGAGCUAUGCAGGUGCUCAACUCGAACAAUGACUCUCUCGAAUCUCUUCACUCCAGUCAAGUGCCGAAAGAGGGUCUGAAUUUACACCCCAGGCAGCUAAGACUAAAACAGUCUUCAAACUUCAAAUUAGACAGAAAAAAAUUGCCUAAUAUCACAAAAUUAGGUGCUUCAAAAUUUGACCUGAGCUUACCUAAGGGGCUGCAUAAUAUUCCAAUGGCUUCUCAAUCAAGAAAACCUGCCUUCCAACUUAAGAGGAUCAACAACAGGAGAAAAUCAGAGUUUGCCAGUCGUAAAGCUAUGGAUAAGAUGUUACAAGGGACGCCUAUUCAACAACUCUCAGAAAGCAGGACUCGCAAAGAUUACUCACUUAUGAAGGUAAUCUACUGAGUUAUACUUCAGAGAUCUAUUAAGCUGACACAAAACGGACUCCAGAAACGGAUGAAUCUUAAGCACAGUCUUGCCAAUACUUCUAGAGUGAAGCGUAUUGAGCAGCUUACCCAAAAAGUUAACAAAAUUCUUAAUUAUAAAAUGCCAAGAGGGGUUUUCUCAGAUGAAAAUAACGGAUUUGCUAAUGAGAAUAAGAAUAACUCUCAUAUGCUUAGUGAGUUCUACCUAAAAACUCCAAAGCAGAGCCAAGAUUUUAUGCUUCAAAGAAACAAUUUAUCACCUGUAAGCUUCAAAAUAAUUCUGCAGCAUGGGAAUAAUAGUAUGAUAACACCUCUAAAACAUUCACAAAGGACUUCAGCAUUUGUAAAGAGGCGAGGAAGUUUGAUAUUCUGAGGUGAAGUUCCUAUGAAUCCCCAAAAAUCUCGUCUUCUAAACAUGAGUGAAGCAUCACCUAUCCACCCAGAUGCUUCUAAAGAUCUGUAGAUACUAUGCUGAGCUGGAUUUUGACUAUAAGAAUAAUUUACAGAAGUUAUUGCUUAAUUCAAUACAA